CUGCUUCAGUGCAUGUUUUUCUCUCAGCUGAAAGAGAAGACUUGGAGAGCCCGGCUUAAACCGAACAAUACUCCUGUCGGCUGAAUGCACUCAACCUAACAGGACGGAACACCGAGACACAACCCGUUAUACACACGCAGUCGACCCACAACAACAGAAUGCUUGAGAGAAAAUGUGAAGGUCUUUAGUUGUCACAGUGUUGGAGUAGUCAACAGGAACCGGGAAAGAUGGCGAGGGCACAGACUCGCAUGUUCCUCGCCUUGGCUUUGCUGGGAAUGUUCUUCCUCGAUGUCUCGGUGAAAGGAGAGCUGCAGGGCGAGCAACAGGAGGAGGAGGAGAGGUCCUGUCAGGGCGCCUUCGACCUCUAUUUUGUCCUGGACAAAUCUGGAAGUGUGAAGAAUCACUGGAUAGAAAUUUACUCCUUUGUUGAGCAGCUGGCAGAGAAGUUUAUCAGCCCCAUGUUGCGAAUGUCCUUUAUUGUCUUCUCCACACGAGGAAACAUCAUCAUGAAACUGACAGAGAACAGGGAGGCCAUCACUGGAGGCUUAACGGCUCUGAGAAGGGUUAUUCCUGGAGGAGACACAUUUAUGAACCUAGGCCUGGAGAUGGCUAAUGCGCAGAUAUACCAAGAGAAGCAGGGUACAGCCAGCGUUAUCAUCGCUCUAACAGAUGGAGAACUGAAUGAAUGGCAGUUUGACACAGCUCAGCGAGAGGCACAAAGGGCAAGGUCUAUGGGAGCCAUUGUUUACUGUGUAGGGGUCAAAGAGUUCAACCAGACCCAGCUUGCAACUAUUGCAGACACUGUGGAACACGUGUUUCCUGUGUGGGGAGACUUCCAAGCCCUGAGGGGAAUCAUUGACUCGAUCAUCAAGAAGUCCUGCAUUGAGAUUCUAGCAGCUGAGCCGUCCAGCGUAUGUGCAGGAGAGAGUUUCCAGGUGGUGGUGAGAGGCAAUGGGUUUCUCCAUGCCAGAAACAUUGACCAGGUCCUCUGCAGCUUCAAACUGAAUGAUACACUCACUGUGGAUGAGAGACCAGUUGGAAUAGAAGAUACCUUCCUGCUCUGUCCUGCUCCUGUUGUAGAGGAGGUUGGGAGGGUGAUCUAUCUGCAGGUGAGCAUGAAUGAGGGUCUCUCCUACAUCACCAGCUCUGUUCACAUCACUACUACUGAAUGUUUUGACGGCACCAUCGUGCUAAUAUCGUUGCUGGUGGUGUUCCUGCUGUUGGGUCUGCUGCUGAUGUGGUGGUUCUGGCCUCUCUGUUGCACUUUGGUGAUCAAAGAACCUCCCCCACCACCUCCACCUGAGCCAGACUCAGAUGAUGACGACGGGAUGCCAAAGAAGAGGUGGCCCACAGUGGAUGCAUCCUACUAUGGAGGAAGAGGAGUGGGUGGCAUCAAACGCAUGGAGGUGCGAUGGGGGGAAAGGGGGUCCACUGAGGAAGGUGCGAAGUUGGACAAACCUAAGAAUGCAGUUGUAAAGAUGCCAGAGCAGGAAUUUGAGCCGUAUGAGCCCAAACCUCGAAAACAACCACGCCACCCCCAACAGCAGAGAAGGUGGUACUCACCCAUUAAGGGAAAGCUAGAUGCUCUGUGGGCUCUGUUCAGGAGAGGUUACGACCAGGUAUCUCUAAUGAGACCACAGGCUGGAGACGAGGGUCGCUGUAUUAGUUUUCAACGGGUCAAAGAUGGGGAGUCCACCCCAAGCAACCAGGCUCCUCCUCGCACACAUCACUCUCCCUCACCACCGCCGCCUCCUCCUCCUUCUCAUCCGCCCGCCGAACAGCAACCUCUGGUCUCUAACUCUGUCCCUCGUACGAAGCCUCCGUCGAGAGGGCCUCGCACCACGCCACCCUCCCGCACACCCCCUUCUGUGGCCCAACCUCCUCCAGGUCCACCCCCAACUCGUGCACCCCCCGGGCCCCCAGGACCCCCGCCAUCCCGACCCCCACCCAGGCUCUGAUGAUGAAGAGAGGGCCUCCAAUUAACAACUGUUACGUCAACUCAUUUCAUGAAACACCCACAAAUCUAAGAAGCCAUGAGCUCUGAUGUAUAGCUCUGUGCUUUGUUGCUGGACAGCAAAAAUAUUUAUCUGAUAUCAAAAAGUUUCAUAAAAAAUUACCCAUUCAUAAAACCACAAACAUUAUAGAAAAAAACAAGCAUGUAGUUACUUGAUAAAGCCUGUAUGUACAGUAUUAGAUGUCAUUUGACUUAAGCGGUUAGAGGAAGUGCAAUGCAACAGAAAGGAUUUAUGUGUUGUCGAAAGUUAGAUUGCUGCAGUUGUUUGUGAAAGAUGAUGGUGAACAGUUUGCUUUGGGUUGGUGGAGAACAGAGGUGUCCAAAUUGUUGGGGGGGGGGGUGACUGAGAACCCAGGGCCCUCAUGUGAGAAGGGCCCAAAAAGAUGCUAGAAUGAAUAGCUGUGGAUGCGGGGAGGGGCCCAUGGAAAAGGCCUUUCUACAGGGCCCAGACUUUUGUGCUACGCCUAUGGUAGAGAAUAAUAAUGUUGAGUGAGGAUGUGGUGAAAAAUACAGCAUGUAUGAUAGCAAUGUUGGUAAUAUUGGCUUUAGUAGUUAAUGUACACUCUUAGUUGUAUACAGAUCGGACUGAUUUAUCAUUUUUACCUUUUCAACCACAAAUGUUUUCUACAUCCUUGAAUUUUAGUCCAAAGGUUCAGUGAUCUUAUUGCAACUGCAGGGCAGUUUCUCCAUACUUAAUUUAUUAUAAUACAAGCCCUAUCUGCAUUUGUAUUCUAUUGAGUAUCAGGUGAGUUUCUGAGUUUUCAAAUCUUUGAGGGAGGGGAAUAUCACGGUGGCUAUAAGGAAGCAUCCUAGCAUGGCUUCUGAUCUGUUGUGGUCUUAUUAGCAUUAGAUGAAAAAUGGCAUUGGAAUUUUGUAUCUUCAGGGUUCUCCUGUAUACUGCAUUUACUGACUGAAAUAAUCAUUUGCAUUAUUUCUUUAUUAACAACCUUUUGUGUCUAUCUUUAAUAAACAAUGUUUUUUUUAA